UGCAUAUAUAUAUAUAUAGAGAGAGAGAGAGAGAGAGAGAGAGAUGAACGUUCCAGUUCAUAUGAUGUGAUGGUUUCUGUUGACCUAACAUCUUAUGUUCUGUGUCCAAAUGAUCUUUAUAAGUCAAUGUUUAGUGCCUUGACAUGAAACCCAAAGUGAGCGUUGAGUCUUUUGUGUUCGUAACUGGUUCCUUGAUGUUUGUUUAACAGGUGCAUAUAAGUCACCCGAAUUCGAUCUGGUGAUAGAUAUUGGAAAUGGAUACAGAGUAUUUUCGAACAUAAGCAUCACAGUAAUAUUGAACUUGAAAAUAAAUUGCAGUGGUGUCUGUAGGCAGGACACAGUCAAAAUCUUGCAUUUGAGAACGAAGUAUUCAUGUACCAGAGAGUUUGAUUCAUCAAUGAUGGUUUGCAGAUAUAUUUAUCUUCUUAUGAUGCAUAUAAAAGAAAGAAAAAAAUGGUUUUCUAUGAAAGAACUCUUCACAGAGCCUGAUCGCCGUUCCUGUCAUGGACAUCAACUCAUGCAUUAACAAUUAUUUGAAGUUGGUUCUGGUAGAUCUGUUGCGUGUGAUUCUGUGAGCCGACUAUUGGAAUGCCAAUGCACAAACCUAAUGUCCUUCAUGAUAAGCUGUUUUCUUUUGCGUUAUAUAAUGAUUCAUGGUAUGCGCAUUAAGGAUGGAAAAGCAGCAUAUGUCAGUCGAUUUGUCAGGACAUCACGACUUAAACAAGAAGAGUUUUUUGGAGGUGCCAAGUUUAUGAAGAUUGGAGACCUCAGGGGGCUGUUUGGAUUACUUAUGGUUAACAUACAAAUACUUCGACUGAAAACAAAAGUAUUGGACAGGUCAUAUGGAAUUGGGACCGGCAAUACAAAUCUCAUUUAUCACAAUGGAAAACUUUUAGCACUUCAAGAGGCUGAUAAACCCUACGUGGUUAAAGUUAUGGAAGAUGGAGAUCUGCAAACUCUUGGCCUGUUGGAUUACGACAAAAGACUAAAACAUCCUUUCACUGCUCAUCCAAAGGUGGAUCCAUUCACUGGAGAGAUGUUUACCUUUGGGUAUUCACAUGAACCACCAUAUGUGACAUACAGAGUCAUUUCAAAGGAUGGUGUCAUGCAUGACCCUGUACCAAUAACAAUAUCAGACCCCAUCAUGAUGCAUGACUUUGCAAUUACAGAGAACUAUGCAGUUUUUUUGGAUCUUCCUUUGUACUUCCGACCAAAGGAAAUGGUGAAAGAUAAGAAGUUCAUAUUCACAUUUGAUGCAACAAAAAAAGCUCGUUUUGGUGUCCUUCCACGAUAUGCUAAGGAUGACCUCCUAAUCAAAUGGUUUGAGCUUCCAAAUUGCUUCAUAUUCCACAAUGCCAAUGCCUGGGAGGAGGAGGAUGAGAUUAUUUUAAUCACUUGCCGCCUUCAAGAUCCAGGUUUGGAUGUGGCCAAUGGGGCUGUCAAAGAAAAGCAUGAGAAUUUUGUAGAUGAACUGUAUGAGAUGAGAUUCAAUAUGAAAACUGGUGUAGCUUCACAAAAGAAACUAUCAGAAUCUGCUGUUGAUUUUCCCAGGGUGAAUGAGAGUUACACUGGCAGGAAACAAAGAUAUGUAUACGGAACCCUUCUGAACAGCAAUGCAAAGGUCACAGGGAUUGUCAAAUUUGAUCUACAGGCAGAGCCUGAGCCAGGAAAAGAAAAGAUUGAAGUUGGAGGAAAUGUCAAAGGCAUCUUUGACCUUGGUCCUGGUAGAUUUGGUUCAGAGGCUGUAUUCGUCCGUCGUAAGCCAGGCAUCACUUCUGAGGAAGAUGAUGGAUACCUGAUAUUCUUUGCACAUGAUGAAAAUACUGGAAAAUCAUCAGUGAAUGUAAUUGAUGCAAAAACAAUGUCAGCCAAUCCUGUUGCAGUUGUUGAGUUACCACACAGAGUUCCAUAUGGGUUCCAUGCCUUCUUUGUUUCAGAGGAACAACUUCAAGAACAGGCAGAACUGUAAUUGCGCAGCAGAGUGUCUAGACAACCAUUUCGGCAUGAGAUGGCAGACCUCUGUCAAACGGAGAACCGGAAGCAAAGCAACUAUUAUCACUGCUACAAACACCCCCUCAUCUACCAGAGAGGCGGUAUUCAACUGUCAUAUUUCAUACUCAACUUUACGCAAAUGUCAGUUUUUAUGUUACCAGGAUGACUACUUAUAUGAGUUUUCUGCUAUUUAUUUCGCUUAGAAUAAUAAAGAAAAUCACUAAAUCUUCAGAUUAA